AAAUAAGGAGGGGUGGAAUAAAACCGAGGAAGUGCCAAAAGAUUUUUUUGGAGAGGAAGCGUUACUAUUGCAUUAGCAAGGUGGAUUGCAUCUGUAAAUAACGCUGUGCUAGGGAAGGCGUCUUCCUCCCCUUCCUCCCGCAUGCCACGAACCCAUUGCGGAUCAGGACCUUUUUUUGCAAAGGGUGGUCAAGUUUCGCCGCACCGGGGAAAGUUCCAGGUCAGAUGAGGAUGUCAUUUCAGGAGAACACGAAAUUCAGAUUGAGGGUGUUCGGACAGAGCUAGAGCCUGUCGAGCUGGAGGAUGGAGCUGCAGUGCCAAAAGAAUUUGCCAACCCAACUGAUGAUACUUUCAUGGUGGAAGAUGCGGUGGAAGCCAUUGGAUUUGGAAAGUUCCAGUGGAAGCUGUCUGUUAUUACUGGAUUAGCAUGGAUGGCAGAUGCUAUGGAAAUGAUGAUUUUAAGUAUCCUAGCUCCUCAGCUUCAUUGUGAGUGGCGAUUACCAAGCUGGCAGGUUGCAUUGCUCACAUCGGUGGUGUUUGUGGGAAUGAUGUCCAGCUCCACUCUCUGGGGAAACAUUUCAGAUCAGUACGGGAGGAAAACAGGCCUGAAGAUCAGCGUGUUGUGGACGCUCUAUUAUGGGAUCCUGAGUGGUUUUGCACCAGUGUACAGCUGGAUCUUGGUGCUGAGGGGCCUGGUGGGCUUUGGGAUCGGAGGAGUGCCUCAGUCGGUAACCUUAUAUGCUGAAUUCCUUCCAAUGAAAGCCAGAGCAAAAUGCAUUUUAUUAAUAGAGGUUUUUUGGGCCAUUGGGACUGUGUUUGAGGUCCUUCUCGCGGUGUUGGUGAUGCCCACUCUUGGCUGGCGGUGGCUUCUCAUUCUUUCUGCCCUCCCACUUUUGCUCUUCGCUGUCCUGUGCUUUUGGCUGCCAGAAAGUGCCAGGUAUGAUGUAUUAUCGGGAAAUCAAGAAAAAGCAAUUGCCACGUUAAAGCGGAUAGCAACAGAGAAUGGAGCUCCAAUGCCUUUGGGAAAAUUGAUUAUUUCCAGACAGGAGGACCGAGGAAAAAUGAGGGACCUUUUUACACCCCAUUUUAGAUGGACCACAUUGUUACUCUGGUUUAUAUGGUUUUCCAAUGCUUUUUCAUAUUACGGGUUAGUUUUAUUAACUACAGAGUUCUUCCAAGCAGGAGACGUCUGCAGCAUAUCCAGUAGAAGGAAAGAAGUUAAAGCAAAGUGCAGCCUGACCUGUGAGUAUCUGACCGAGGAAGACUACACUGACCUGCUCUGGACAACCUUGUCAGAAUUCCCAGGUGUGUUAGUGACACUGUGGAUUAUUGAUCGGAUAGGCCGCAAGAAAACCAUGGCCCUGUCCUUUUUUGUCUUCUCGUUUUGCAGUCUUCUGCUGUUUCUCUGCGUUGGAAGAAAUGUUCUUACUGUGCUGCUCUUCAUUGCAAGAGCUUUUAUUUCAGGAGGAUUUCAGGCUGCUUAUGUUUACACUCCUGAGGUUUAUCCAACAGCCACGCGAGCUUUGGGCCUGGGAACGUGCAGCGGAAUGGCCAGAGUGGGAGCGCUCAUAACCCCCUUCAUCGCGCAGGUGAUGUUGGAAUCUUCAGUCUAUUUGACACUGGUGGUUUACAGCGGAUGUUGCCUGCUGGCCGCGGUGGCCUCCUGCUUCUUGCCCAUCGAAACAAAAGGUCGUGGUUUACAGGAGUCCAGCCACAGGGAGUGGGGACAGGAGAUGGUCGGGAAAGGAUCUCACUCCCCAGGAGUCACCAGGUCAAACUCUGGCUCACAGGAAUGAUGGGACAUGAAAACCUGCUGAAAGAAUGAAUGAUAUAAGCAAGUUCUCUUUCAUAAAAAUCCAACCCUGAAGCAUAGGAAGCUGACCAUACCAUCACUGCCACUGUCAUGUGUCAAACUGCAGGAACUUUUGGGUUGAACCUACGCCAAUUGUGUCCCUGCUGCUCUUUGCUCACACUCAUAAAAACUUUACUUCUGUAUUGAGAGGCAUUUGAUCCAGAUGUCGUUUGAAGUUUAGCAGGAAGGGUUUUUCUUAAGUCUGUUGUGCUUGCAUGGUCAGCUCUUCAGCUUAAAAUGUCCCGUGUCAAGCAAAUAGCUAACUGAAUGCAACUCAGUAUAAGCUGUACUUAAAAUAAUGUACUCUUGAUGCCUAAAAACUAAAGAUUAAUAUUUAUUGUGUACCUGGCAUAGCACACGGUGGAUUCCAUACACUACAGACUAGGUUUUAUGAAUUAGAUGCCUGCCUUGCACUUUUUAGCCAUCAACAACAACAAAAUGUGAUAACGGAAAAGCAAGCGAUGCUUUCUAGUUCCCUUGCCUAUGGGUUCUGUUCCUGGAGAACUGACAGGCACUGAUUGCUUGGAAACUAUUUUCUGAGUGUUUCUCCCACCCAAGGCAGGCAGUUUGAGUCAGUGAGUAGUGGUAUUUGUUGCAGAGAUGGAACUUUACAUAAGAAAUGUAAAUCCUCAUGGUUUGAAGCAGGAUUUGACUCCUCUGACAUUGCCAGAAACAUCAAGCACCCUGUCUGCUGCUUGGUGAAGACUCCUUCAGCCGUGCUGGUGUCCCUGUGUGCGUGGAGACACACGCCGUGGUUUUCUGCCUGGGUCCGGGUACGUUUCUGCUCCAUUUGCCUAAGAACGUUCUCAUGGUGGUAUAGCCAAAGAUAGAAAAGCCUCAGUCUGAAGAGCUGCGUGUCGCAGUCUGGAUGGAGCUGCUUUGGAGUUUCUCCAUAGAGAAGCUGAUCUCCUGACAGCUGGGCAGGACUUUUUGAUAGCUGCUGAUUGUACUUUGACUGUAGCAUCAACCUGGUGACAAAGGAAUGUAGCUGGCAUCGUGUCAUGAAGGAACGAAAAUCCUAAGAAGAGCCAAACUGCAAUUAUCCUCAGAUGAGGAGCUCCACUCCCCCAGGUGUAGCUCAUCAAGGCUGAUGAUCCUGCUCUUGUCAGAGAACUCAGGUGCAGGUGUUUGUCUCGUUUGUCAGAAAUCUGUGGCUUUGCAGGAAGUCAGUUUCCAGAGUCUGUGGAUGUGCAGAGAGAAAAUGCAUCAGGGAGCUGAGAUGGGGCUCAUUGUGUCUCCGUUUAUUUUCAGGAUUCCAGACUAUGGGGACACAAGCAGAUGUAAGUGAGAUGGGCUAAAUGCUAAUCCCUAGGCUGCAGGAAGCAAUACAUUUUUAUAGAGCGUGUGGUCGGUUGUCUCAUGUAAACACAGGUUAAUGUGCAACCAGGUUUUGCACAAUAGGAUAUUUUAAGUAUUCUGGGAAAGAGGCCCCUUUUUUCUGUGGGGCGGGAGCAGGUGACUGGGUCCAUGUUUGGGUGCAAAACAAACGGCACAGCUGGGGUCCAGCUUUCCCGGAGGGUUUCACAGCACUGCAGUGCAGUCUAGCGCUCUGAGAUGUGUUAGGCUGUUUGUUUAUAGCACUGAAGGAAAAUGAGAAGUGGGUAAUUCCUUAGAGAAAUGGAGGAAACUCAGACUAGUAAAAAAAGGCCUAAGAGGUUAUUGAUAUUCUGUGUGUGGGGAUCUCCUGCUGAGAAAAGUCAAAGUUUGACAAGGCACCAAAAUGUCCCUUUGCUCAUCACGCAAUGGUGGUGAUGGCAAUGAAAGGCUCUGGGAGCAUUUGGGCUAAACAGGGAAACUUGUCCCAGUAAGGGGAAAAAGCCGCUCAGCUGACAGGGAUCCCCAUGGUGGAUCCUGGAUGGGUUUACAUCUGAUAGGAGACCGGUGAGCUGGAAAGACCUGCUUUGCCUUUGUGUCGGAUGGACCGGUCCCCUUCUGGUGGCGGAAGAGGGCUUCCUCCCACUGGUGACGGCACUUGGGAACGUGCUGGUCCACGCAUGACUGGGGCACGUCCAGCUGCUCCGUGUCCCUGGCCGUGUGGCUUUGCCGUGAGCUGUGUUUACAGUGAACACCCCAAACCCGGGUGGUCCCUGGGGAAUCCUGCGGUAGAGGGGAGGAAUCCGAAGCGUGUGACAUCCGUGGCCCAGAGGAUUCCACCUCCCAGCCCCCUGCCAAGUUUGUCUGUUAUUAAAGCUCCUUUCGUUAAAUUUCUGCUUUUCCAGCGUUAAUGUUCACAUAUCGCUUCAUGGUUUUGAGUCAAUAUUCAACAGUUUGAAAGGAAAGCGGGCAUUCAGAGUGCACCAUAUGGAUCUCCUGAAUUUGCAGAUACCUAUACUUCAGAUAAAAUAUUUACUAGGUAAAGAUUUAUAGAUAAUGCAAAACCUUUUGCUGCUGUUGAGUAGUUCAGUUUUAACCUGUGACAUUUACAGUAUUAAAAAAAAAAAAAUGAAGGCAUUUUUACUUUUUAUGAAUUCUGCAUUGAAAAUGUAUUUAAGGAUAUAAAUGCCAGGAUUGGUGGGUCCUGCUGAAGCAUCUUCACACUCUGGAGCGUGAUCGGGGUGCGGGAGAAGCUCCCAGGGAUGGUCCAUGGGCUUUGGAUCAGCUGGACGGAGAAGCCAGGGAAGAAGGAGAAACUGAAGUUCAGGUUUUGCAGGUCUUAACAUGUUAUUAAUAACGCAAGGACUUUUUGGAUUGUUCACUGAAAAACUGAAGAAUGUUCGGGUUGAUACACAAUAGCCUAUAAAUAAUCACGAGUCAUAUUUUGUUAAUAUGGCAACACCGUUGAUGUAUAUAAUAAGCUUCCAAAGAUUGUUUUACACACUGUCGAGUAUUUUUCACUGAUGAAGGAAUUAAUAUAGCAUUUAAAAAAAUAAAGUGAGAUAAUUUUGAAUUAAAAUCAAGAGCAAACAAUAGUGGGGUUCAGAGAUUUACUAACUGUCCAAUAUAUUAAUGUGCAAAGCUGUUGUGGGACAAAUAAUUCUCCAAGUGUGCUUUGAUGGAAUGAUUUAUUAUUCCUAAAUGCUUGCCGAAAGAACAUUGAAUGUUUUCCUGUGUUUGAAUGUACAGUUUCUAAGCUGGAUACAUUUUAAUGUUUAAAAACUUUGUGUAUAUCAAGCUUGUUGUAAAAUACUCCUUUUGUUCCUAUGUUACUGAUGCAACACUGGAUAGUUUAAUUCCACACUAGAUAUUUUAUGUUAAACAAAUAAAUAGUUUUUUCAAUAUAAA